AUGUCAGACAACCUACCUUUCGAAAUCCAAGUGGAAAUUGUGAGAAGGCUUCCUGUCAAAUCAUUGCUUCAAUGCCGAUCUGUCUCCAAAGCAUGGAAGUCUCUGAUCGAUAGCUCUCCUUUUAUUGCUGGUUAUAACGGCCGGAUGCAACAUCUACUUGUACAAUAUACAUGUGUUGAUUUUAAGAAAAAAUAUGUUUCUAUUGUUGACGAUGAUGAUUUCCCGAAACAGAAAGUUUCCAUGAAUCUACCUUUAUUGGUUAAGAAGCUUAAAUCUCCUGGCUUAACAGGCAGCUCUCAUGGCUUGUUGUGUUUGAAUGGUUCCGGUGACAACCCUGAUACGGACAUGGCUGUUAUUUGGAAUGUUUCAAUUAGAAAAGCGGUUGCGGUUGUCAUAUCUAAUGUGGGGUUUGAGAUUUAUGAAACCAAUUUAUAUGAAACCAAUUUAGGGUUUGGGGUUUGUCGUGUGACUACUGACCCUAAGAUCAUCAAGAUUACACAUUUUAAUGGAUAUGCCAAUAUGCGAGGUAUAAGUAGGGAUGAGACUGUAGACCCUUGGCAAGUUCAGGUUUUUGCAUUAAGUACUUGGUCUUGGAGAAGCCCAUAUAACAAUCUUCCUCGUAAAUCAAUUAAAUUUGGUCAUUCCACGGUAGUUAUAGACGGGUUUCUUUAUUGGCUUGCUAUUGAUAGGUUUACUCUUACUGGUGCAAUCACUAAGUGUAAUCUUAUCAUUUCAUUUGACAUUACAAGUGAAGAGUUUAGAGAAGUAGGCCUCCCGAAUAGUUUAGCACACCAAUGUAGUCGUAAUAUGAAAAUUUCUAAGUUAAGAGAGUCUCUUGUUGUGCUUGAACAUGGUGCAGAGGCCAAUAAUGCAAUUUUCAGUGUAUGGAUGAUGGGGGAUGGUGUUCCACAAUUGUUUACAAAGCUAUUCACAUUUAAUGUUAACGCACCACAUGGUGCAACAAUAAGGGGAUUUAGGAAGACAGGUGAGCCUAUAAUUGAAAUUGUAGAAGACCAUGGGAUUUCCAAACUUGUUGUUUAUGAACCCCACUCAAAACAGAUUGAUAAUCUAGGUUGUGAUGGUUUAGAUUUUUUUUGUCAAGUGCAUCCCUACAUGGAAACACUGCUUCUUCUUGAUCAGCCGGAUAGAAAUAUUUUAUAA